UCGUUGUAAAACGGCUUUUUGUUUGUAAUGUUUAUUGCUACAUAUUUAGUAUUUGUUAUAAAUUUAUAAAUGUUAUAAUUUGUUAUUCGACCUUUUCACGACUCUACAUGAACAAGAUUUAACUACUCGAGGUCCGAGGACUUAUUGUCGUCUUCCACUUAUUAGUAAUUAUUAAUCUAACCGAUUAGUAAUGAGCAAGCCUACAAGUAGUAAGUUGUGACAAGAUCAAUCUAGAAGUCCAAAACUUCGGAGAAGGAAUUGGAAAAAAACACGAUUUAGGACAGUUUGUAUUUUUGUUAAUCUUCAAUCAUAUUAUUCUUAAUAAUGGCUGUGGUUGGAGUCAAACAUAAAAUUGAAUCUCAAGAUGAAGUUGUCCAACACAUAGAAAAAACAAUGAAAGAAAUUUAUUCUAAUCGACCAACAAAUCAUCAGUGGAAAUUAAGCGAUUUUGAAAUUGGAACACCACUUGGUCGUGGAAAAUUUGGUCGUGUAUAUCUUGCUCGAGAAAAAAUUACAAAAUAUAUGGUUGCUUUAAAAAUGAUGUUUAAAUCAGAAUUGGUAAAAGAUCAUAUGGAACAUCAAGUACGACGAGAAAUUGAAAUUCAAACACAUCUUAAUCACCCUAACAUUCUAAAAAUGCUGACUUAUUUUUGGGACGAGAAGAAAAUAUAUUUAAUUUUAGAAUUUGCCCAAGAAGGUGAGUUAUUUAAAGUUCUGAACUCACAGCCACAUAAACGUUUUGAUGAACCAACUGCUGCAUAUUAUUUACGACAAGUAGCUGAUGCUUUAAGGUAUUGUCAUUCUCAAAGUGUUAUCCACAGAGAUAUAAAACCAGAAAAUCUUCUGUUGUUUAGUCAUCAUGUUAUUAAGUUGGCAGAUUUUGGAUGGUCUGUUCAUGCACCAUCCAAAUGUCGAAACACCAUGUGUGGUACUAUUGAUUAUUUACCUCCAGAGAUGGUUGACUCUCAAACAUAUAAUGAAUAUGUUGAUAAUUGGUGUUUAGGAGUGCUAUGUUAUGAAUUCUUGUGUGGAUCACCACCUUUUGAGAGCUCAGAACAGGCAGAGACUUUUAGAAAAAUUCGUGCUGUGAUGUAUAGUUUCAAAUCUCAUAUGAGUGAGGGUUCUAGACAUUUAAUUUCAAAGCUUUUGGUUAAAGUUCCAAAGUCUAGAUUACCACUAACUGAUGUUAUUGAACAUCCCUGGAUUAAAAAAAAUUGUGAAGUAUUUAUUAAAACUAAACUAAAAUUAAAAUAGUUGUUUUUUUUUUUUCCAAUAUAUCAUUCUUACAACUAUUUUAAAAAGUAAUAAUGUAUAAAUAAAUAUAAUUUAAAUAACAUUUGUUACUAUUGUAAGGAUUUGGUAUACAUGUUAAUUUUAUUGCUAUUUUUCAUCUAAUUGAAAAAAAAAAUGUUAACAUUUUA